AUGAAACUCCUCACCACAAAUUUCCUGACCUGCGCAGUCAAGACGUGCAAAUCCUCCCCGCAAUCGUUCCCGUUACACUUCAAAGACGCCACGCUUGAACGCACCGAGAUCGACUUCAAUCCGCUGUUCAUGCGCAACAUCCUCCCACGCGUAAAUUGGGAUGCGUUGACUACUACGGCCAUGGAGCUGGGGUUGCAGAGCCUGGUGCCGGAGAAGAAUCCUGUCGAAUUGGUUGCGGAGGCGAGAGGGGGCGAGCAUGGAGGGAUGGAUGUAGAGCGCGAUAGAGACAGGGAUGGAGAGGGACCGAAAGAUGAUAAGGAAGUGUUGAAAAACCUACACAGUCUCCUUCUGGAGACGGGGGUCGUGGAGGGAAAGUUGGUCUGUGGGAAUUGCGGCUUUGAAUAUCCGAUCAAAGAAGGCGUGGGGAACUUUUUGUUACCGGCGCAUUUGGUGUGA